AUGCAUGUGACUGAUAAGCAGUCAUGUAACAACCAGGGGCAGACUGACCAUUUGAAAACUCGGGCACUGCCCGAGGUCAGUAGGGGGCCCCAUGAGAUGCCCCUGGUACCUUUUUCAUAGGCUUUUUUGAGUUUGGGUAAGGACAUAGGAGCCCCAUGAUCCCCUAUUGCCCGGAGGCCCCAUGAGUUGUCAGUCCACCCCUGUUCACCCCUGGUUACAGGUACACUAUCCCUG